AUGCACACGUGGCUUACUCCCCUUGCACCAGCGUCUCGUGUUACCGCCGUUCCGCACCGAUGCACACAUGCCUGGCAUAUCCACACGAUCGAGUCGAAACCAGAGGGAAGCAAGGACGGAGGCGGAAGGACGAUCGCGUAUAUGCAGCUCGGGGAUGGUAACUGCAAACCGACAGAAGCGAAUCUUUGCUCGCUCAUCCGCCCGAGGACUAUCUCUGGCCACGCGAUUGAGCACGGAAGCCAAAGUGCCAUUAAAGGCUGUUCGCCGAUCCAGAUACAGUACAUCACCUUCGUGCUUGCCUUUCAAGCUCGUUCAGCCUGUGAGCCAUGCAAGCCCAUCCAGAGAGACGCGUAUAGAUACCAGAGCAGCGCGCUAUCUUCAAGGCAAUUCCUAGACAAUCAUAAACGGAAUGCGGUGCAUCUCGACGAACCUUGUCACUUGUCUAAGCGAGGUAAAGCCCCGUCCCCUGUCGAGCCUGUUUCACCAACGACGCGAGAUUGCCCCCUCUUCCCAAGUAUGGCAGCACAGUGCGGCUGCCCAGGUGUCUUGCGACGAUCCGACACAGCUGCCACGGUUGCUCGCAGCUGUGCAGCUGCAGCAAAAUUUGACACUCCGACGCCGUGA